CUAUUCAAUUGAAUUCCGAAGGAGAUUCGCUGUUAUGAAAGGGAGAUUUGUCUUAUUUCUGUUUUAUUCCAAACGCACCGUUCGGAUGUACCUCGAGGAGGAAUAUAUUAGCAUUUAGCUGUUGGGCCAUUCAUUACAUGUUGACUUCCCAGCCAAUUCUGUAGAAAAUAUCAUCGAUUGAAGCAUGAUUGACUUCCCAGCCAAUUCUGUACUUUUGCUUUAGAUUUUUUUUUCUGUAAUUCCUUCGUAAUCUCUCUCUCUCUCUCUCUGAUUCUAUAAGUUAGGACUAGCAUCCUAAAAGAGAUGGCGUUAAUCUCUUCUCGUCGUCAAUGGAAAUACGAUGUGUUUCUAAGUUUCAGGGGGGAAGAUACCCGCUUGGGUUUUACCACUCAGCUGUAUUCGGCACUAAUUGGGAAAGGAAUUCUCACCUUUAUGGAUGACGCAGAGCUUGAGAAAGGAAAAUCCAUUAGCCCUGAACUUUUAGCUGCAAUUGAAGACUCUAGAUGUGCGAUUGUCAUUCUCUCACGGAGAUAUGCUUAUUCGUCAUGGUGCUUGGAUGAACUCGUCAAGAUUAUUCAAUGCAUGAAAGAGCUGGGCCAACAAGUCCUCCCCGUCUUCUACUACGGCGUGAAUCCUUCUGAGGUGCGGCACCAAAGGGGAAGGUUUGAGCUCAAAUGGGAACACCAAGUAGAUGUGGAAGUAAGGGAACAUGAAGAAGUUUAUGGGAAGCAUGAGGACAGACUAAAUGCCUGGAGAGCUGCUUUGACACAGGUGGCCAAUCUUUCUGGCUGGGAUUUCAAGAAUGAUUCCUCUGAAACAACAAUAAUUCACGAAAUUGUUAAUCAUAUACUAAAGAAGUCCGUGUAUACAUCUUCAAGUGUUGACAAGGGCUUCAUAGGAAUGGAUUCCCGCAUUCAUGAUUUAUUAAGCAAUUACAUACAUCCGCAGCUUUGUGGGGUGCGUUUUAUAGGGAUCCAUGGCAUGCGGGGCAUAGAGAAAUGUCUAAAAAAAAUGGCCUAGUUUCUCUACAAGAAAAACUUCUUUCCAGAACCCUGAUGGCAAAAAUUGAAAAUAUAGAGGAUGAAUACACAGGAGCUGCUAUGAUACAAAGGCGGUUGUGUAGAAAAAAGGUGCUUGUUGUUAUUGAUGAUGUGGAUCAGUUGACACAAUUAGAGAAAUUGGCCGGAAGUCGCAACUGGUUCGGUCUAGGGAGUAGAAUUAUCAUAACCACCACAGAUGUUCAGUUGUUAAAGGCACAUGAUGUUGAUGCUACAUACAAGGCUAACGGCUUAAACUAUGAUGAAGCACUUCAACUUUUGAGUUUGAAGGCUUUCAAGAAAUGUCCCCCACCAGAAGAUUAUUUGCAUCUGUGCUACGAUAUUUUAGGGUAUGCUCAGGGGCUUCCGUUGGCUCUCGUGGUUUUAGGUUCUUUUCUGUCUGGUAGAGGGGCUGAUAAAUGGGCAAGUGCAAUAGAUAGGCUGAGGAGCACACCAGAUAAACGCAUUAUUGACGUGCUUCGGAUUAGUUUUGAUGACCUGCAUAAAAAAGAGAAAGAAAUAUUCCUACAUAUUGCUUGCUUUUACAAGGGGAAGGAUAAGGAUCGUGUGACACAAAUACUAGACUAUUGCCAGCUACAACCUGUCAUUGGUUUAGAUGUUCUUGCUGAUAGAUCUCUCAUAACUAUCUCCAACAACGAUUUGUCAAUGCAUGAUUUGCUACAAGAAAUGGGCUGGGAAGUUGUUCGUGAACAGUCUCCUGAUGAGCCAGGCAAACGUAGUAGAUUAUGGUCUCCUGAAGACAUCAACAAUGUGCUGAAGAAAAAUAAGGGAACAGAUUCAAUCCAAGGCAUGGUAAUGGAGUUGACUCAAUUAAAAGUAUCUCAUUGGAAGCCAGAAGCCUUUUCAAAGUUGUCUCAACUUAGUCUUCUCCAUAUUCGUAAUGUGGACCUUCCCAAAGGCCUCACUUGUCUUUCUAAUUCCUUGAGACUCUUCGAAUGGACUGGGUAUCCCUUAAGAUCUCUCCCAAAAGUUUUUAUAGGAGAUGAACUUAUUGAACUUAACUUGUGCCACAGCAAUAUUAAACAGCUUUGGAAGGGAACAAAGAAUUUUGACAAGUUGAAGUUCAUCAAACUCUGCCAUUCUCAAAACAUUGUGGAGACCCCAGACCUCGCAGGUGUUCAGAAUCUUGAGACUUUAGAUCUUGAAGGAUGUUCUCAUUUGGUAAGAAUCCAUCAUUCCCUUGGAUUUCUUAAAAAGCUUAUUGUCCUGAAUCUUAGAGACUGCAAAAGUCUCAAGAGUCUGCCAAGUAGAAUUGAAAUGGAAUCUCUUGAAACAUUAAUUCUUUCUAACUGCUCAAAAGUUAAGAAGAUUCCUGAGUUUGUUGGAAAUAUGGAACGUUUGUUGGUGCUUUGUCUUGAUGCGACUGCCAUUGAGGAACUGCCUAUUUCAAUUGAACGGCUGACUGGCCUUGUGACAUUGAAUCUAUGCAACUGCAGAAAUCUUGUUUGUCUUCCAAGCACCAUCAAUAAAUUGAAGUCUGUUGAAAAUCUUAAUCUUUCUGGAUGCUUGAAACUCGGCAAACAUCAGGUAAAUGUGGGGGAGAUGGACUGUUUUGAGGACACUGAUGUGAAUAGUGGGUCUGCAAUAGAAAUAUCAUCUACGCAUGAUCACAGAAAAUAUGUGAGAUUUUCAAUCUUUCAUGGAUGCAAAGUAGUUUGGCGAUCUUUAAAUAAGUUCUUGCCUUCUGGAUUGGUGCAAAAAGAGCCAAUGAGUUUCCGCUUGCCUAUAUCUGGUCUGUGUAAUUUAACAUAUCUGAACCUGAGUAAUUGCAAUAUUUGUGAAGGAGCAUUUGCCAACGAAUUUGGUUACUUUCCCUCUUUGGUGACCUUGAAUCUAAGUGGGAACAAUUUUGUUCGUCUUCCUCCAGGCAUUGGAUUGCUUUCUAAGCUUGAGAACUUUAACUUGGAGAAUUGCAAGAGACUUCAAGAGUUGUCAGACCUUCCAUCAAAUAGUAUACUUGAUUUAAGGGCAGAUGGUUGUACUUCACUGAAAUACUUGUUUGAUGCAUCAAAUUUUAACAGACUAGACAAAUCAUAUUUCAAUUUCAUCAAUUGCUUCAAUCUAAAUGGCAACCAAGGAUGCAAUAACAUAGCAUUUGAAAUGCUGAAGACAUUCAUGUAUCAGGGAAUCUCUAAUAAGAGUGAAACUUGUCAAAUUGUAAUUCCUGGAAGUAAUAUUCCUGAGUUGUUCAGCCAUCAGAGUGAUGGGUGUUCUGUAAGUGUAUAUCUUCCUGCACAUGGGAAUAACAGUCAGCUAAUGGGAUUUGCUUUGUGUGCUGUUUUUGUACUCCAUGAGCAACAUUGGAAUGAAAAGCUUUAUAUAGAUGAAUUCAAGACUUUUAAUGCAACACAUCAUCUUGUAUGUUGCUUGAAGCUUGAUGGAAGAAAAUUGGAAGUAUAUGGCAAACAGCCUGCAUUUCGCUUUAGUGAAGAAUUUUGCCAGGUUAAGUCAGAUCACCUGUGGAUGUUCUAUGUAUCUCGUGAUAAAUACUUUGGUACAGAGUGUUGGCAUAACAGUUGCAGUCAGCUUGAGUUCUUAUUUAAAACCAGAGGGCCGGGUCUGAAGGUGAAGGAGUGUGGAGUCCGUCUCAUAUAUAAGCAAGAUGUGCAAGAGUUGAACCAAACAACCAGUCAAUCAAGCAGUAGGGUGUCUCCUUAUGAGGAUAUAUUGUUUGCAGGGGAAACCGGUGGGACUGGCAGCAGAACUUGCACACUUGAAGAAUCGUAGGACUGGCAGAAAUAUAGGGGAUCCACCACUGGCCACUCUGAAAGACCACAAUUAAGGAUUUUCUGAUCCCAUGGCUCGAAAUGAGUUGCAGAUCAUGAAUGGACAAUGCCUCCUCUUCUCUCAUUUGAAUUUCUGCAGAAAUUACUUUCUGGAGCUCUCAUGCCUUCAUCUUUUACAGUUAGGUUAAAGGUAUUCCAUUUGAUAUAGAUAGCGAGGAUCGAGGCAGUACAUGUGUACAAAGGUUACUUGAACUUUCCUCGAGUUGUGCAAAUUCAUGUGGACUUGAUCAGCUUACUUUCCUCUUUACGCUUUCACUAAUGAAACUUGAAUUCAUCAAGAAGGGGGGAAAUAGUUUGAUGUUGGUUUUAACUACAGUUGGCUUAAAGGUGGAAUUAACUGCUAUAAGUUUAUAGUAGUUACCUGCGACAUGGUCCUGUCUGUGCAUAUAUGUUUUGACAUCUUUUGGCUGGACAUAAUUCGGGCAUUGCUUAACAACUUCCUCACCGGCCAGUUUGCAUGAAGUUCUGCUUGGGUGUAAUGUAGUAUUUUGAAGAGAUGUACGUACUUUUCGUUUUGGUUUUGUUUUGUUCUUUUUUCAAUUAUGUUCUACAUAAUAUUGAAGUAUUCGAGAGAGAUUGUAAAAGAAAAACAAAAUAAAUCUGAUGUUAAAAGAAAUGCUCAACUUAGAUAGAGUCUCUGUGCUAGAAGCAUGAGAAAUAGAAACAGAGGAAAACGACAAAUACAAAUGGAUUAAGAGAUUCAAUAAACUGUUUCAAGCAAGGCUGUAAGACUGGCAAUGUACAUUCUUGCAAUGAUACCUCUUUAGCAGUAUAUGCUACAUAUGAUAAAUUUUUUUAUAUUUUAUUCA